UGUUGCUCUAACUGACUAACAACAAAAUUAAUCGUCAUUUUCUCUCUCUACAGAUUUUUCUCGAUAUACGGAACAAAUUCAUGUUCUAAUUAAAGAAAUAUGUUUACAGGCAGCACAAACAGUGCCCAAAAUAUCUAGGGUUUCAAAUCCCUCCCUCCAUUUCUGGGGGCACUGUUUAUCUUUUCUUUUCCGUCCAUUUUUUUACCUCAAUCUUCAUUAAUAUUUCUCCGGGGAAAAUGAUUUACCCAUUCAGCUCCUUUGGGUCUCCAAGACGUAAUCAAUCUCAUGAUGGUGAAUGUUUUCCCUGGAAAUCUUCAGCUCCGUGGCUAUGACUUUCCUUUUCCUCACCGAGCUGCGAGCGAAUUCUUGGAGCAAUAAUUUGAAUUGAAGCUUUGAUCCGUUACUUAUAAGUUGAGGUGAAGAACCGGGGACUUAGCACAUGACCUGAAAGAAAAUCUGUUGGUAUAUGCCGGGGAAGGUACUGGAGCCUUUGGUUUCCACAAUUUCACAUGUGACAUUUGUUCAUUGCCGGCGCCUGCUCGUAAUUUGUUUGACAGGGGUUUUCCUGGUGACGUUUUACUGUUCAAUGGAACUCGAGAAUCCUCCCACGUCGAUCAGCUUGCCGAAAUUCUGCAACUGCGGCUGCAACUGCAGCUCCUCCACGAUAAAGAGAUCCUUUUCAGAGACUCAUCUCAGAACCGUGAAGCGUAAAUACAAAGAAUUCGAGGAAGAAAGCCGGUUCACCAUUCCAGGGUUCAUCUUCCCACAGAUUGCCCGUGUGGAGAUUGGGAAUGAGUGCACGGCACUUCGUGAGAUGGUCAGCAGCCAGCAGAAGACCAUUCAGGACCUCAUUUCCGAGCUGGAGGAGGAGAGGAAUGCCUCCUCAUCGGCCGCCAACGAGGCCAUGUCCAUGAUUCUCCGGUUGCAGAGGGAAAAGGCAGAGAUCCAGUUGGAGGCCAGGCAGUUCAAGAUGUUUGCGGAGGAGAGGAUAGCGCAUGACCAGCACGAAGCUCUGGCUCUGGAGGAUUUGUUAUAUAAGAGGGAUCAGGCUAUAAUGUCUCUCACGUGUGCCGUGCAGGCAUACAGGCACAGGAUGAUGAGCUAUGGGCUCACAGAAGCCGAAGCUGAUGAGGACGGGUUUCCGGUUCCAAACAAUUCGAGUGUGUCUGAAGUCUUGGAUCGGCAGCUUGAGUUUCCUCCUUAUGAUUAUCCUCCUCUUAGGUGCAUUUCAAACGAGUCUCGGGCUUAUCCUGAUGGUGAGAAUGGGAGUCCCUAUUUUGAGAAGUACGUGCACGGGGAGACUCCUUGUUCUCGGAAUCAGUUGAAGGAUUUGGAGUAUAGAAUUAAUCAGCUGGAGAGAAGUCCGAAGGUGGUUCAGCCGGAUGGUGAAUUCAGUUGUCCGAAAAAUGUACUCGAGAAGGUGAUAGUUGGUCACUCUCCAAGAACACCGAAGCAUCUCAGGAAGCUUUCUGCCGAUAGCCUGCAAUCACCCUUUGCGGUGGUUAGAGAAAUCGGGCCAGAUUUCUUCAGAGAUUCUCCAAAAUCUGCAAAGAGUUUCAGAAAGAGCGAAUUUUCCUAUAUUCAGGAGAGUUCGAAUUUGGGAAAAGCAGAAACUGGAUCAGAAGCUGGAGAUGAUAUGAGUGACAGAAUUUAUACAAUUGAUUCAGUUUUUCAGAGAGCUCCGUUUAAUUGUCUCGUGGAUUCCAAGACUUCUUUUUGCGCCGGAAUUGAUGAAUGUGCGGUAUCUCCUAAGGAAACACUGAACUCGUCAGAUGCUAGAGAUACAGAGAUCCAGAAGUUGUACGCGAGGCUUCAUGCUCUUGAGGCGGAUCGAGAAUCAAUGAGGCAAGCAAUUAUAUCAAUUGGGACUGAUAAAGCACAAGUGCUGUUGUUGAAGGAAAUGGCUCUAAACUUGUGUAAAGAAAGGCCUCUGGGAAGGAAAAUGCCAGUCAGGAAGGAAUCAGUAAUAGGGAGUUUCUUUUUCAUGUCAUUUUUCAAGCACUGUUAUAGAAAACAAGAUGAGUCGAGCUUGGCACGCGAGUGGCUAGAUAAGCUCAAAAGAUAUGGCAUUAAUUGGAUUCUACCUAUAUUUUUCUGGAGAAGGAAGUCACGCAAAUGCAGGUACAUGUUUGGCUUGUCAGACAAGAAUGCAGGGCUGCUAUUGCUUUUGGAACGUGAUCCUCGUGUUGGAAUAUGGAGAUGCGUUUUAAGCACAGCCAUAAAGUAA